GUCGUGAAAGGGGGAGGGCCUUCGGAGGACUGUUUUUAUUUAUUUCUUUGUUUCAUGUGCAUAAAACAACAACAAUGGUGGAUAAUUGAAGAAGUGUGAAUAUUAGGAUGAGCGAAUGACAUUUCCAGUUCCAGUUACCAGACCGAUAUCACAAGUGAAUCAACAGGGGGAGGAUGAAGCGGCGCAAUGCGGACUGCAGCAAACUCCGACGGCCGUUAAAACGGAACCGAAUCACCGAGGGUAUAUAUAGCAGUACGUUCCUGUACCUGAAGUUUCUGGUGGUGUGGGUGUUAGUUCUGCUGGCCGACUUUGUGCUGGAGUUCAGGUUUGAGUACCUGUGGCCCUUCUGGCUUUUCAUUCGAAGUGUCUACGACUCCUUCAGAUAUCAGGGACUGGCGUUCUCUGUCUUCUUUGUAUGUGUGGCGUUUACGUCAGACAUCAUCUGCCUCCUCUUCAUCCCCGUCCAAUGGCUUUUUUUUGCUGCCAGCACCUACGUAUGGGUCCAGUACGUCUGGCACACAGAGAGAGGAGUCUGUCUACCCACUGUAUCGCUGUGGAUCCUGUUUGUGUACAUUGAAGCCGCCAUACGGUUCAAAGAUCUGAAGAACUUUCAUGUAGACCUGUGUCGACCCUUUGCAGCUCACUGUAUCGGCUACCCAGUGGUGACUCUGGGCUUCGGCUUUAAGAGCUACGUUAGCUACAAGAUGCGACUGAGGAAACAGAAGGAAGUGCAGAAGGAGAAUGAAUUCUACAUGCAGCUUCUACAGCAGGCUUUACCUCCAGAGCAACAGAUGCUGCAGAGACAGGAGAGGGAGGCGGAGGAGGCUGCUCUAGCUAAAGGGAUCUCAGAGGUAGAACCUUCAGUAAUAUCCCAAAACGGAGCACCGCCUGGGAAGAAAAACACCACAGUCCAGUUGCCAGAACUGGAGUACCGGGAAAAAGGGAAGGACAGUACUGGAAAAGAGCGUGAGGGCAAAAAACAAAACACGAUUGGAAUCAAUAACAACAGUAUUAUACACGCACUGGACUCCAAACUACAGGAGACAGAGUACAUAGAGAACUACGUUGGGGCAAAGAGACUGAAUAACGACCUGGCAGGAGAACACACUCACGCCGAUACCAACACACACUCUGCUUCUAAAGAGGAAGUGGGGGGGGCGGGAAAGAACUACAAAAAUGCCAGCGGAGGUGGGGGUAACAUUUCCAACUCGUCUCCACGGAAUCAUAGUUCUUCAAAUGGCAGCGUGCCACCAGGCUCCUCGACCAGUAAGAAUGAGAAGAAGCAGAAGGGGGCAGGGAAGGGCCAGAAGGACCCAGUGGAGAACUGCAUCCCCAACAACCAGCUGGGCAAGCCGGACGCUCUCAUACGGCUGGAGCAGGAUGUGAAGCGUCUGAAGGCAGAUCUUCAGGCCAACAGGCAGUUGGAGUCAGAGCUGCGGAGUCAGCUUUCUUCUCUGAGCAGCCAGGACCGCAGCCUUCGCUCUGAGCUGGGCCAGCUCCGCCAAGACAACGAGCUGCUACAGAACAAGCUCCACAGUGCCGUCCAGGCCAAGCAGAAGGAUAAGCAGACCAUCUCCCAGCUGGAAAAGCGGCUAAAGGCUGAGCAGGAGGCCCGCGCCCUCGCUGAGAAACAGCUGGCCGAAGAAAGGAAGAGGAAGAAGAUGGAAGAGGCCACCGCUGCCAGAGCCGUAGCAUUAGCCGCGGCCACCAGAGUGGAGUCGACUGACUCUCUGCGUGGUCGUAUCAGAGAGCUGGAGACGGAGUGUAAGAAGCUCAGCAUGGACAUGAAACUUAAGGAGGAGCAGAUUAGAGAUCUGGAGGGCAAGUGUCAGGAGCUGCGGAAGUACAAAGAGAACGAGAAGGACACAGAGGUGUUGAUGUCAGCGUUGUCGGCCAUGCAGGAGAAGACCCAGCACCUGGAGAACAGCCUGAGUGCUGAGACCAGGAUCAAACUGGACCUCUUCUCUGCACUGGGGGAUGCAAAGAGGCAGCUGGAGAUAGCACAAGGCCAGAUCCACCAGAGGGAGCAGGAAAUCGCGGAGCUGAAGCAGAAGAUAGCAGAGGUGAUGGCAGUGAUGCCCAGCCUGUCCUACUCAUCAGAUGGCAGCAACCUCAGCCCCGUCACCCCGCACUACUCCUCCAAGUUCAUGGACAAUAGUCCCUCCUCCCUGGACCCCAAUGCCUCAGUUUACCAGCCCCUCAAAAAGUGACUGUGACACCCACACUUUUGUCAGACAGAACUUUGUCUCUUUCUUUAUCUUGGCGAAGCUCUCGGUUCUGGUUUGGGUUAUUUUUGAGUUUUUCAGCCCCUGACAGUUUGUGCACUCUAACGUACCACAUAAUGACACACACACAGACACACACAGUGCACACAACCCCUCCAUACAUAUGUGUAUUUGGCUACUUUUUUUGGUUCUAUUAUGAGAACUAUUAUAUUUUGAGGGGGUUGUGGGGUUUUUUGGGUUUUUUUUUUUGAGUUUUGGGAUUUAGCCAUUAGACAGUGAGAUCUGUUUGAAAGCAGAGAAAGGAACACACAGUUUGUUGGCCAGAUGUCUACAGAAGAGCCAUCAUGCAUCGCUUCAUGUCAGUCUUCUUUUGGUGUCAGUGUAAAACAAAAAAAAAACCCCACAGACAUAUUUUCUUCUAUAUUGAACUGACACCCAGACUUUUGAUUUAAAAAACGAUUGGCUUUUCACGAUGGUUUACAUCAAGGCAGAAGACAUGUUUUCAGUUCAGAUUUGAGUCUGACACUCACCUGUAAAGUAAAGCCCUGUGAGAGAUACAUGAAUGUAAAACUAUUCAUGUUUUGCUAUCACCAUUAACUUAAAUCGGUGAUUGUUUUGUAAUGUUUCAGUUCAGUUAUGACAAUGUGCAUUUCUUCUUAAAAAAUGGUGAUAUGUUUGCUGUGUUCUUCAGAUAUUCCAAUACAAUUUGUUGUCUUAGUGCUGGAAAAGCGAAGCCUCCAGGAUUAUCAGUUAGUGGAUGGAGCAGAUGUAGUUGUAUCCUGGGGGAAAAAAAAAAACGCUACUGCUAGAUUCGACCUGGCACUGCCAAAAUGUCAUAUUAACGUCCACCUGUUUGCUGCAGACGCCUUUCCUCUCCCUCUGGACCAAAUUAGAACCUGUUAGGCCAUAUCGUACACUGGAUUUAAUGAUGUCGAGGUAACCGGUCGUUACCAUUAUUUGCAGAUUUUACAGUGCCUUGCAGUUUGUCUUUUUUAGAUGCAAAAACCACAUACUUUGCAAUCCUGGGAUCUAAAAGCAUCAAGCCUCAAAGCCGCGUUUCUCUCUCUCGCUCUGAUUCUCCUGCUUUUCAUUCAAGAUUUCUUUCAAUUCAGUAUUCAAAGGCUAAAAAGUGUCACCUCAGAUGCAUUCAAUCGGUUUUUUUUUCUCUAACAAAUUGAUCACAAUAUUACACACUUGAAGGGAAAACAUAACACUGGACAUGUCAUUUCAUAGUGACACAGUCUUGGUAUGCCAAACACCAACCAAACUGAUUGUCUAUUAUCGUGCCCUAGAGUUGGCAUUUAGUUGUUUACAACAAUGUACAUUAACUUACUGAGGAAUGUUUUCUUUGUUUAUUUCAUUUCAGUUCUAAAGUGCCAAGUGUUGAUGUUUGGUUUCCAUCCAUACUUUGAUCGAUGUAGCUUGCAUAAUGUUUGCAGAAGAGUGCUGUUAUUUUUAUUUUUGUUGUCAUUAGAACAUAUUUGAAUGGUGUUGUGUUUACAAGGUUCUGGACUGAUCAUGAUGAAGCAGCAGGUGGUCAGUUGGACUGAUGGUGUUAUGCACUCAUUUAUUUAUUUGUUACAGACUUUUGUUGAGUGGCACCUCCUUGAUAUUUCCCAUCAUAUUCAGUUGAUUUCCUAUAUUUUCUACCAGGAAGGAUUCUGUGAAUGUGUUGUGUUGGGAAAAGGUUACCCCUGAACCGUUUGACCAUGUUGUGCUGUCAUGUUGCCUACCUGGAAAAAGUAUUUUUCGUGGAUCGCUCUGGUGUUGUGAAUUCAGUUCUCAAGUUGCUUUAACAAGUUUGUGUAGAAGGAAGAGAAGGUUUUAAAAAAAAAAAAACGUGCUUUGUUUUAUCUUUUCAUUGUUCCACUAUGUUUAUUUUCUUUACCCAAAGUGAUGGUGAAUUUGUCACACUUUUCACUUUGGCCAUCACUAUUAAAGAAAGUCUUGCUGGUGGCGACGCAAGCUGUUCA